UGGAGAUAAAGGAGAUUAUUUUAUUAAUGCCUUCAUAAGUUUGGCUCUGGUGCUUUUUCGGAUGUGAUUUGAUAAUAAACAUUAUUCUGAGAAUUAAACAGUCCUUUGGCCUGGAUUCUAAAACAUGGAUAACAUAACAGGAAUGUAGAGUAACAUUUAUUUUCAGAGCAAAACCCUGAAUAGAAUGGGAUGGGUGCCAAUGGAGGAAAGAGCAGAAAGAAUACAUUACAGCACAAGGAGGAAAGUCACUACUUGUCUAGAUGGCAUGGCUUUCUAUCCGGUCUGGGCAUUUCUGUGGCUUCAGGGUUGCACAUCAGGUCACGGCGGAUGAUUCAGGACAAGAUGUAUGUCCCAGAGUAUGUGUUAUCUUCAAUGCCUGGACCUGAGACACUACACAGGGAGUGGAGUCUCCCGGCAUUUAUCAACAUGUUCUUACCUGAGUUUCCCUACCGCAGCAUUCCUGUACAUGAGCACUUCCAGAUCUUAGGUUACAUUGCCAAAGGAUCAUUUGGUCCCAUUUUGAAGGUGAAGGACAUGGACAAUGAAAAGACUUAUGCAGUUAAGGUUCAUCCCAAGUCUGAGAUUCUUCGUCUGGGUGUGCUGGACCAGUCUAAAGAAGAAGUGAUAAUCCAGCGUCAGCUCCGCCAUCCUUUCGUCCACGACCUGCAGGACUGCUGGCAGACCCAGCACCAUCUCUAUAUUAUGUUUGACUACUGCAGUACAGGAGAUUUAUACACCUACUGGGUGAUGAUUGGUCAGUUUGGAGAAGAAGCCAUUAAGGUUUUCGCUGCUGAGCUUGGUUCUGCUCUAGGGUUUCUUCAUGAUUUUGGAAUCAUCCAUCGUGAUGUGAAGAUGGAGAAUAUACUUUUAUCAGAUCAGGGGCAUUUACGCCUGGCUGAUUUCGGUUUGUCCCGGAGGCUCGAACGUGGAGGAAGGGCGUUCACUAUAUGCGGGACAAUUCAGUACAUGGCUCCUGAAGUGCUGGGCGGGGGUCCGUACAGCCACGCCGCUGACUGGUGGUCCCUCGGGAUCCUGCUCUUUGCAUUGGCUAAUGGCAAGUUCCCUGUACCUCCAGAGUCAGAUCACUGUUGCAUGCUGAGGAAGGUGCGCUGCUUCCUCUACGAGAUUCCCAGAACCUUCUCUGCUCCAUUUGCCCUUCUGCUGACUGAGCUGCUGUGUAAGACCCCGACACGUCGUCUGAGAACUCUGGAGUGCUUCAAGCGGCAAAGCUUUUUCCGCGGCACUCCGUUCGACUCGCAGCUGUUACAGAAAAAAACAGUAGAUCUGAUCCUGGAGCUGAAGAAGCGGCCGGAUCGACCCGAAAAAGCCUGCCGAGGUCUCGCACUGGAACCUUUUCCCGAUUUUGACUUUGUCUGCAAUUUCGUUGGAGAUUUAAACUCCGACUCUGCACAAGAAACCCAAACACUAACCAAAGUUAAACUAGUGGAGACUUUCAACUUAGAGCAAGUACCUCAGGGCAACGAUCCACAGAGGGCUCUAGUGUGGCAAGAUCCUAAAUGAAUGUUGUUGAAGUUUGAAAUGUGUGGCUCAGGAUCGUUCAGAUUGGGUAAAUCUUUCACUGUGACAUAUUUUUGUGUCCCUUGAUGUUUUUUAGAAUGUUUGAGCAAUAAUUUUCCAUACAGUUUCUUAGGGCUACUAUAUAUAAUAAUAGAAACCAUGCUAAAAUCCUGCCAAUAAAAUAUCCUCCUUUGGGUGACAUUC